UUUAUAAUUGCUUUUGUAAAGUAUAAAUAAAAUAAGAAAUAGAAAAUAAUAAUACACGAGUAUAUUCUUAGAGAUCGAUAAUAUUCAUUUACAUUGUUAAAUAAUUAAUAAGCUAUUCUUUCGACGAUUGCACGAGAAAGGUGUUCGAUUAUAAUAAAUAAAGCGAUGACUAGCCGAGGAGCUGCGACCGCGGGAUGCGAUGCUAUAACGAUUCCGGCCUGUCAAUGGGCGGGCGCGCGGUUUAUACCACGGCGUGCGUCGAAGGGACGCAUUGCCAGCGCGGACUCCUGCUGGUAGGGCGCGCGCUCACCACGAUAAUAACGUUAAAUAAUAUAUAGAACAUUGUGUUAUCAACUUAAAUUGUACUCAGUUACGUGAUAAUUAGAUAAAAAAGAUUUGCAGAAAACGGUUACAAAUAGACUUAUUAGUGAGAAAGUGUCAUGACUGUGAAGAGCCACUGGGCGCUGCUGGCCAACGUCCGAGGAGCGGUCAAUCAGAUUCUGCUAGUAUUUUUGAUCAAUGUCCCCACGAUGUCGUUCGGGCUGGCACUAGGCUGGGUGUCUCUGGCGAGCGGGGAGGCGGGCGCAGCGGACGCGGCUGGCUCGGGGGGCGGGGAGGAGUCUGGUCGGGGCGCCGUGGUCGCGGCCGUGACCACGUUUACAGCUUCUCUGGUGGGCGUCCCACUCAGCGCCCGCGCUCUGGACGCUGGAAGGAAGGCGGCGCUCAUCGCUACUUCUUCUUGCUUCGUGGUUUGUUGGUCCCUCAAGCUAGUGAGCGUGUGGGGGGGCGCGUGGUGCGUGGUGGUGGCGCGCGUGGCGGCCGGAUUCGGCGGCGCCGCGGCCUGGGCCCUCGCUCCCUUGCUGGCCCGAGAAAUGUGCAGCAAGAAAUACCAAGGCGCUGCGGUGUCGGCGCUGGCGCUAGCUCAUAACCUUGGCGUCCUGCUCAUGUACCUCGCGGCCGACGCGGCGAUAGCGCACCAGACAAUAUUGUGGUGGUGCUUGGGCCUGUCCGUCACGCACUGCGUGAUCUUCGCGUUCGUUCCCGAGUCCCCGUCGUUUCUGGCAGCCAAAGGUAAAAUGAAGGAAGCCUACGUGUCCCUGGCGUGGUUCCGCGGCGUGUCGGUGUCGGACCCCGCUCUAGAGACGGAGCUGCGGUCGCUGCCGCCGCCCGAGCGUGACCAGUCGUCCUGGAGCCUCGCGAAAGAAAUGUUGAGCGACCCGCAGAGACGCCGCGCCUUCAUAAUCGGCGCCAUAGCGGUGAUAGGGCAGGAGGCUUGCGGCCUGCUCGCCAUCCUGCAGUACGCCGAGCGGGUGUUCGUGCUGGCGCGCGACGAGAGCGAGCCCGCCGCGCCCGCGCCGCCGCCGCCGGGGAGCUCACACCACCCCCCGCCGGCCGCUCCGACCGACGAGCUGAUGUCUCCGGCGCGACACGCCGUCGUCAUCGGAGCGGUCCAACUCGUGAUGUCGGCCCUCUCCCUGUAUCUCGUCGAAAGGAUCGGACGAAGGCCGCUCCUGGUGGUGUGCGCGGUGUUGACGGGCGCAGCACUAGCGCUGGCGGCGGCGCUCACGGGCGUCACCGCGGUCGGAGCCACCGCCGCCAUCGCCGUCGCCGUCGCGGCGGACUCCGCCGGCCUGCAGCCCGCUCCCUACGCGCUGCUCGCUGAUAUGUUUCACUAUCAGUACCGCAGCUGCGCACAGAUGCUGGUGACGGCGGGCGGCUGCGCCGGCAACGCGCUGGAGGUGGCGCUGUUCCCGCUGGCGGCGGCGGGCGGCCUGCGCGGCGCGCUCGCGCUGGCGGCCGCGCUCACGCUCGCGUACGCGCUGUUCGCGGCGCUGCUCGUGCCGGAGACGCGCGGCCGGACGCCGGAGCAGAUAUACGCCGCCGUCGGCCCCGCCCGGCCCGCCCGGCCGACCGACUGCGAGCACGGGCCGGACUCUAAGUGCAGUGAACUCGCCACGUGCACGAAGCUAAGCUAUUCUAACUCGCCGCCUUCAUACGAAAGAAAGAAGUUAGGUUGCAGGGCACACAGGAAACUUGUAUCGCUGCACUCGAUGCGCCCCGAAUGCUGCGAGGCCGCUAUUCGUCACGUUUACGUUACUGAGUACAACAUCUUUGUUCAGUAUAAUUCGAGUAUGGGUUUGCUGGACAAGUUGUCAGCGUGGAUAGGAGGCGGCGGCACGCAGGUGACGGUGCUGGUGCUGGGCUUGGACUGCAGCGGCAAGACCUCUACACUGAACGCGAUGCGUCCGCCCGAACAGCGCGUCUCGCACACGCUGCCCACAGUCGGACACCAGCAGGACCACUUUCAGAGCGGCGGCGUGUCGUUCAGCGCGUGGGACGUGUCGGGCGCGGCGCGCAUGCGCUCGCUGUGGGAGCGCCACUACCGACACGCGCACGCAGUCAUCUUCGUCGUCGACUCGGCCGAUCACUUGCGACUGGUGGUGGCCCGGGAGGAGCUGGAGCUGAUGCUCGCUCACCCGGACAUGUUCGGCCGGCGCGCGCCGCUGCUCGUGCUCGCCAAUAAGAGUGACGCGCCGCACGCGCUGUCCGCCGCGCACGUGGCUGCCGCUCUCGGGUUGGAGCGCAUCACCGACAAGCCGUGGCACAUUUGCUCCUGCAGCGCUCUCACGGGCGUGGGUCUCGCCGACGGGAUCGCGUGGCUGGCGAGGCAGUUGCGGGAACAGCGCGCUAAUCGAUGAAAUAAAAUUAUAAUCUAGCACAGUAUUAUGUUAUGCAAACGAAACAUCGAUUUAUUCUUCUUGUCGUUUUAUUAGCCUCAUUUACGGUGACACGUU